CAUUCUGAUUUCAUAAGAUCUCAUGCUUAAAUACCACAGAUAUUGGCAGAUAAAGGCGAGCAGCAAAAAGGGGGAGACCAGACGAACGCCACUGACAACAAACAAACAAAGGCCACUUCUACUUCCACGAUGAAAAAAUCCACUGAUACAGCAGGACUUAAGAAAAUUUGGAAGAAAAAGGACAGUGAAGUGGUCAUUGCAGUCAUUGAAUCACCUGACAAGACUGACCAGUUCAUUCUUCGCCAGAAUGAAUUAAAUUCUCUAGCACCACAGAAGUGGCUGCUGGGCGAGACAAUUGAGUGCUACCUCAGAGCCAUGCUGAAUGUGAAAGGGUUAGGGAAAAGAAUAUAUAUCCUCAACCAUUAUUCUGCUGGAGUCAUAGUUUUUGGAGAACGAUCUGCCAUGGCUAAUCACUCAUUACCCAAGCUUAACUUUGACAACUACGACAGAGUCAUAGGAUUCAUGAAUGUUACAAACAAUCACUGGAAAUUCCUGUAUCUGAACAAGUUGAACAAAAACGUGUUUGUCAUGGAUCCCUUGGGUCAAUCUGAGGACAAAGAGUCAGGCGUUGCUGCGAAACGGUUUUGCCAGUUCUUCAGAAUGCGGCAGAACCGUUAUCAGAAGACUGAUUGGGUGGAUGUGAAGUGGAAGGGAGCCACAAUCAACCACAGCAUUCAAAAGGAUGGUAACAACUGUGGUGUUUUCGUCAUGAAGUCUUCAGUGAAACAGACCAUUGCUCCAGUUGCGGCCAGGAGAAUCCCACUGGACAGAAGGGAAAUACAAAAUGGAUUGAAUGCACUAAAUGCAGGAGGUGGUACCAUCCGACCUGCAUUGCCAUGUCAGAUGAAGAUUGGGACAAGGAAAAAGAGGGAGUAACAACGAUGUGGAACUGUGACUUUUGCUGAUUGUCAAAUCGUCAUGAUCGUCAUGAUGUAAGUAACUUUGAAUGUGUCUGUUAUGUGUUUAAAACAAACACUUUAAAUUUUAGAUAUCAUUCCUUCCUUGUGUCUCCAAUCACAAGACAUCUGUCAAAAUAAAAAAUGAGAAAUGUAAA